UUUCGUUUUGCAAAGGUAUUUUCUCACUUUUCCAAUUUUUGGCAAACACCAUUCUAGCAGCUGUUACGAUAUUUACCAUCAAAUAACUCACUCCUCUAUUAUAAAUUCCUGGUAUGAUCCCAAGUAGAAAGACUUCUGGUUUAAAAUCUAUGUGCUCUUUAAUCAUUUUUUUUUCCCAACCAUGAAAGGGGAACCAAUUGUGGUUGUGCAAUUAUAGGAGCGGGUGGCAAUUCUUUUUGAAGUCGAACCAGCGAAUUCAGAACCAACAGAUUUGGCCGCGUUGCAUUCCUCGCCCAAGGCGUGGGAGAGGUGACUGUCAUUUAUCCGUGGCAGGUGCGUGGCACGUCAGCUUUCCCUGGGGAGGAGCUGCUCAACAUGUCCCAGCCCGUCUGAGGCAUCGGCUCGCCACAAUCCUUCCUUGCUCACCUGCGUUCUGAGCUCGCUUUCCCGGCUUCCCAGAUGGCGACCUAUAAAGUCUCGGUAGCCACCGGCGACAUGAUCUUAGCUGGCAGCUACAGUACCAUCUCCAUCACCCUGGUGGGCGAACGAGCGGAAAGCGCCAAGCAGCGGCUGGACAAGCUGGGGAAAGAUUUCGUCCCCGGAGCUGUGGACGAAUACGACGUGCCCUGUGAGCGGGAUCUGGGACCCAUCGUGCUGAUCCGCCUCCACAAGGAGCCCUACCUGUUCUUCCCGAAGGACAACUGGUUCUGCAGCUACGUCCGGGUGAAGACGCCUCGGGGGGAGACCUACCACUUCCCCUCCUAUCAGUGGCUGGAGGGCUACUGCACCCUGACUCUGCGCGAAGGGACAGCCAAAACGAUUGAAGACGAUGCCGGAAACCCCACCCUGUUGACCCAUCGCAAGAAAGAGCUGGCCAAAAAGCAAGAAAGCUACAGCUGGAAGACGUACGCUCCGGGCUGGCCCAGGUGCGUCGAUGCCCACACCACCGAAGAGCUGCAUUCAAAUUCAAAGUAUUCGCUCAGCAAAACCACCGUCUUCGCCGUUCGCACCCUCAAGUCGGAGAUUGAACUGAGGCUGAAGGGCUUCUCGAAUCUUGUGGAAUCGUGGGAGAGUCUGGAUGAUCUCCGCAAAAUCUUUUGGUUUCACAAAACUCCUGUCACAGAAUACGUCAUGGACCAUUGGAUGGACGAUGAUUUCUUUGGGUACCAGUUCCUCAACGGAGUCAACCCCGUCCUGCUCCGCAAAUGCACCGAGAUUCCCAAAAAUCUCCCCGUGACAGAAGAAAUGGUGGCUGGAAGCUUGGGAAAGUCCACCCUUGAAGAAGAACUAAAGAAGGGGAACCUCUUCAUCGCCGACUACAAGAUCUUGGAGGACAUCCCGACCACCAAACUGAAUGGGAAGCACCAGUUUCUCGCAGCCCCAAUUUGCCUGUUGUACCUCAACUCGGAGCAACAGAUGAUGCCGAUAGCUAUCCAGCUGAGCCAGAUCCACAGCCUGGAAAGCCCCGUCUUCCUGCCCACAGACCGUAAAUGGGACUGGACCUUAGCCAAGAUCUGGGUGCGAAUGGCCAACUUCCACGUCCACGAGGUCAUCACCCACCUCCUGGAAGCCCAUUUCCACUGCGAGGUCUAUGCCAUGGCUACUCUUCGCCAGCUCCCGAUGUGCCACCCUAUUUACAAGCUCCUGAUACCACAUACCCGUUAUACCCUCCAUAUUAAUACGCUUGCUCGGACCAAUCUUAUCCAGCCCGGUGGAGUCUUUGAUAAGGCCACAGCUACAGGCCGGGAUGGCAUGCUGAAACUGCUGGCUAAAGGGGUAGAAGCCUCCAACUACACGUCCCUGUGCCUGCCCGAUGACCUUGAAGAAAGAGGGGUCUCCUCCUUGCCCAACUUCUACUACCGGGAUGAUGGGAUGAAGAUCUGGGCCGCCAUUGAGAAAUUCGUCUCCGGCACUGUUGAAUUCUACUACAAAUCCGAUGACGCCGUCAAGGAGGACCCUGAGCUACAAGCCUGGAUUCAUGAGAUCUUCACAGAAGCUUUCUUGAGUAGGGAAUCGUCAGGUGUUCCAUCCACCUUCGACAGCAAAGCUGAGUUGAUCAAAUUCCUCACCAUGGUCAUCUUCAACUGCUCUGCACGGCAUUCAGCGGUCAACAGUGGACAGUUUGACUUUGCCGCCUGGAUGCCAAACACGCCGGCCACGUUGAGACAGCCUCCACCAACGGUCAAAGGCACAGCCUCCUUGAAAAGCAUCUUAGAGACCUUCCCUGAAGUCAACUCCACCUGUGCCUUGUUGUCACUGCUAUCCAUCGUCAGCUAUGAGCCAGGAGACCUGAGACCUCUGGGCCAUUACCCCGAAGAGCAUUUCACUGAGGAGAUGCCCAAAAACCUCAUUUCCGAUUUCCAGAAAAGCCUGGCGGAAAUUUCCGAAAAAAUUGAAGAAAGGAACCAGGCGCUACCCAUCGCCUACCACUAUCUCAACCCUUCGCUGGUCCAAAACAGUGUCUCCAUUUAAUGGCCCAGCCACACACCCCGCCAAAGGCAGAAGAAGAUGAUAAGUUAUUACCUUGAAUUGGAUAACGUUUUGACCAUCUGGAAAAAUCUGCUUUUCUGCCAAAUAAUAAUAAUAAUAAUAAUAAUAAUAACAACAACAACAACAACAACAACAACAAUAAUAACAAUAACAACAACAACAACAACAACAACAACAACAACAACAACAAUAAUAAUAAUAAUAAUAAUAAUAAUAAUAAUAAUAAUAAUAAUAAUAAUAAUAGGAGGAAGACUAGAGGGUGAGGGAAAUUCAGCUAUUUUUAGGUGGGACCUGCAAGGAGGGAUGGAUGGGUUGGUGCGAGAGCCAGAAGAGAUUGCGAAAAAUCCCCAAAUUUUCUCCUUAAAUAAGGAGAGGAAAAAGGAUUGUAUCCACUGAAGAAACAAACAAAUGCAUUUUGACUUCUGGAAACUCAGUCGGACUGGUUCUCUUUCUUUUCUUUUCUUUUCUUUCCCCCCCCCAUCUUUAAUGAUAGUUGCCUGGUAGUUGCAAAGUUUAGACCAUGAGGACUAGAAACACUAGCUUAGUCAUCAUAUAUAACGUCAUGAUCGCCCGGUAGCUGCAAAGUUUUUAGAUCAUGAGGACUAAACUAGAAACACUAGUUUAAACGAGUUUAGUCAUCAUAAAUAACCAGAAGCGUCAUGCUCGCCCGGUAGUUGCGAAAUUUAGAUCAUGAGGACUAGAAACACAAGUUUAGUAAUCCUAGAUAACAAGAAGCGUCAUUAUCAGUAAAUUAUAAACGUAUAUAACAGUAAAUUAUAUUCCACAUUGUCUUGAUGUCUGCAUAUUUAUUUU